AUGGUGAAAAUUGGACAUGAAGAGCCUGUAGCCAGCAUGGACAAUAGUGGAAAAAUUAUAUGGUCUAAACAUAAAGAAAUUCAAACUAUUAACAUCAAGAGUGUGGGAGCUGAUCAUGAGGUUUCUGAUGGAGAGAGGCUGCCUUUAGAAGUUAAAGAACUGGGAACAUGUGAUCUUUAUCCACAAGUUUCGUUUUUUAGUGAUGAUGAAGAGACUACCAGCACACCAAAAGCAGAUGCUCUUUUUAUUCCAAGGGAGAAUCCAAGAGCUCUGGUUAUUCGCCCUCUUAAACAAUGGCCUGGCAAAUCAUCUGCUGAAAAAUUAAAAAACGCAUCUUCUCCAGCACAAACAAACGGUGAUUACACUGGGUUUGCUUCUUCCGCAUUGUUACAGGCAGUCGCUAAUCAACCCGUAUCAGUUGCCAUUGAUGCCAGUGGCAUGGGUUUCCAGUUCUAUUCAGGUGGCGUGUUUACUGGGGAUUUUGGAACUGAUCUUGACCAUGGUGUUACAAGCUUGUUGAAUCAAAUGGAGUUAUAUGUGGUUGUGUAUAUACUUGCAAUCUUAGGCUUGGAUAGUCUACAAGGAAUCAUGCUGGAUCAAGGCAGCUGUAUUGAUACCUGUUGUACUUUUUGCAGGAAGUUCUUUAAGUUGUCACCAGAAGAAUCAUCAAAGGAUCCAUUAUAUCUUUUGAGGGACAUGUCCAAUAACGAUAACAAAAACUAA